AUGGAGGCUCACCGUGAUCGUUUUGGACUGAUCUCAAAAUGUAGCACCGAGGGACGUUCGAACCAGACGGUGGCUUCGGACCUAGACGGCACACUGCUCGUGUCACGAAGUGCUUUCCCUUACUUCUUGCUUGUUGCUCUUGAAGCCGGUAGCCUUCUCAGGGCCCUACUGCUUUUAGCAUCGGUUCCGUUCGUGUAUUUUACCUACUUGUUCAUUUCGGAGUCCAUGGCAAUCCAAACUUUUAUCUUCAUUUCCUUCGCGGGGUUGAAAGUCAGGGACAUUGAGCUUGUUUCUAGGUCUGUCCUGCCCAAGUUCUAUGCUGAGGACGUGCACCCGGAGACUUGGAGAGUCUUCAACUCCUUCGGGAAGCGGUACAUUAUCACUGCGAAUCCCAGAAUCAUGGUGGAACCAUUUGCCAAGUACUUUUUAGGUGCGGAUAAGGUCAUUGGAACCGAGUUGGAAGUAACAAGGUCCGGUAGGGCAACUGGGUUUUCGAAGAAACCAGGUGUUCUUGUUGGGGAUCACAAAAGAGCAGCUAUUGUAAAAGAAUUCGGAAAAAACAUGCCAGAUUUGGGUCUAGGUGAUCGAGAAACAGACCAUGAUUUCAUGUCACUUUGCAGGGAAGGAUACAUGGCCCCAAGAACAAAAAGCGAGCCACUGCCAAGAAACAAGCUAUUAAGCCCAAUUAUAUUUCACGAUGGCCGGUUAUCUCAGAGACCAACCCCUCUGGUUGCCCUUUUGACCUUCUUAUGGAUGCCAAUUGGCAUUGUUCUCUCCAUCCUCAGGGUCUACCUAAACAUCCCUUUGCCAGAGCGAAUUGUCUUCUACAAUUACAAGAUCCUUGGCAUUAAACUCACCGUUAAGGGCACUCCUCCACCACCACCAAAGAAAGGCCAUGGCGGAGUGCUCUUUGUUUGCAACCAUCGUACAGUUUUAGACCCUGUUGUCAUUUCGGUUGCCCUAGGGAGAAAAAUCAGUUGUGUCACUUACAGUAUAAGCAAAUUCUCAGAACUUAUUUCACCCAUUAAAGCCGUUGCAUUAUCUAGGGAAAGAGAGAGAGAUGCCGCUAAUAUUAAGCGGUUGCUCGAAGAUGGUGACCUAGUGAUUUGCCCUGAGGGAACCACUUGCAGAGAGCCAUUCCUCCUGAGAUUUAGUGCUAUGUUUGCUGAGCUUACCGACAGGAUUGUGCCCGUUGCGAUCAACACAAAACAAAAGGUGUUUUAUGGAACGACCGUACGUGGGCACAAGCUGUUGGAUCCUUACUACGUGUUCAUGAAUCCAAUGCCCACAUAUGAGAUCACCUUCUUGAAUCAGCUUCCCAUGGAGCUCACUUGCAAAGGUGGGAAAUCAGCCAUCGAAGUUGCCAACUACAUUCAAAGGGUGCUGGCUGGGACAUUGGGCUUCGAGUGCACAAACUUGACUAGGAAGGAUAAGUAUGCCAUGCUCGCAGGAACAGACGGCCGGAUUCCAUCUAAGAUCAAGGAAAACGCCUAAGUUAGAGAUCAUAAGAAGCUAGCAAAUUAAUCAUUAUCCCAUGAUUAAUUUUCUGUAAUUUAUUUUUCAGAUAUGUUAUGAAAAAUUGAUGAUAAGCAAUAAAAAUAGAUUGGUGAUGGUGAUUGCAAUUAAAAUAAAUAAGACCAGUCAUUUCAUGUA